AUGCCGCAUAUUGAAAAACUUUUAAUCAAGCUUCCACUUUUUAAAAACGUUAAUUUGUCAGCUAAAGCUGAGCGUUCCUACGUCAUGGUGCACCAUAUUAAAGGUGAAAAAAAAGAGAGUAGAGAUGCAGCAGCGUUAGCUGCCAAAGCGAAAAAGAAGGAGGAACAAAAAGCAGCGGCUGAAGCUUCGAAAAAAUAAAUGAUCGAAGUUUAAUUAUUUACACUAAUCAACCAACAGCAAUCUGGGAAUCUUGCAUAAAUUUCUUAUUUAAUAAUUCUUUGUUUGUACGAAAACAAAUUUUUACCACCAUCAAAAGCUAAAAUUUGGCUAUCAUUUAUUUUUCUUUUACACUGAUGUUAUGGGAAAAAUUAAAAACUUUCUGUUUGCAAAUAUUAAUAAAGAGCAUUUCAAGUAAUCAUAAAA